AUGGAGUGUCUUUCGGCGGGCAGGCACUCGCUCCGGAGAACGAGAGUCGUUCCUUUUAACCUAUCACAUCGUCCUCGACCAUUAUCUCUUACGAAUCGGUCCCAUGUCUUCCUUCCGACCCCGCGGCGCAAGGGCGCCCACACCCAAUCCCAACCCGUCACUCAAGAGAACCAAGACAACAAAAGUUCUCCAAAAAUCGCAAAAUCAGGCCAGGCAUACCCUAUUUCGGGAUAUUACUCUGUGAUCCUCAACACGCCUUCUCCCUAUCACGGUCAUGCACCCGUUGAGCGCUCAACCGAGGCCCAGCCGGAAACCCAGACGCAGCCCGAGGACAGACCGGCCCCGACAACGAUGGCCGAAGCACAAACACCCCAAGAGAGAAUGGCAAUCGUUUUUGGCACACGCCUUGCAGGACCGGGCCGCCAAUCACGUUACAAUCCCGGCGAAGCACCACCGGUAGAACAGUGGAAGAAAAUCAACGGUAUCCCGGUCCCGCCUCGGCCCGAAGAACCCGAAAAUUGCUGCAUGAGCGGCUGUGUCAACUGCGUCUGGGACGGAUUCCGCGAUGAGAUGGAAGAAUGGGCUGCCAUUGUCGCAAAUGCGAAGGCGAAGGGUGGUAGUAGCCCUGUAACUGGUGCGUCGCCAGGAUCCGCAGCUAGUCCACCCAGUCUGAGUAUGGAUGAUGAUGGUGGUGGCAGCGAAACGAAUUGGCCGGCGCCGAAUCAGGAAGAGGAUUUGUUCUCUGAUAUUCCUGUCGGCAUUCGCGAGUUUAUGAAGACGGAGAAGAAGUUGAAGGUGAAACAUCAGAAAGAGGCAGCGGCUUAA